AUGCUGGCAGCCGAGCUUAGCGUGGCGAUGGACAAUGAAUACUCAGUGGCUCAAGAUAAGGCGUUGUCGAAUCCGAGUAAGACUGGAAACGCUCCGUCAGCCCCAUUGCCUCUCCAUUACGAUGCCAUGUUGGAGUACUGGAGUGACAAAAACGGAUUUCGAAAAGAAUCUCUCAUGUCCACCAACGAGAAUGAAAUGAAAAAAGAAUCGGAAUGCGAUGAAGAAGUGUUGCGUGAUCGCAAGGAAUAG